AUGUAUCAAAAUGAGGAUUUAUUUCGUAUUCGUGCUAAGGAUUACGGUGAUUAUGGUCGUCUCUUACUACGUAAACUGUAUAGCAAACAAGAAUUGGCCGAAUGUAUUUUACCUCCUGGUCAUCAACGAUAUAGAAGACCACCUCUUGAUAACGAUCGAUUUGAAUAUCUUCAUAAAGCAAUGGCUACUAAAUUUCGAAUAUCUAACCUACACUAUAGUCAAUUUUACUCAAAGUUACUUCGUCCUAAAUUAUCUGAUUUUCUUAACGACGAACGAAAACGACCAAAUAAAGAAGCAUCUUUGGAAUAUGCAUAUCAAUUGUCUUUGGAAUAUUCAAAUCGAUGGUCUUCCAAGUAUUCAAAUGAAUUGCCUUUGGAAUAUUCAAAUCGAUCGUCUUCAAUGUAUUCAAAUGAAUUGCCUUUGGAAUAUUCAAAUCUUGAAAUUUAUGCAGUACGAGAAAUAUAUGAAGAUUGA